AUGAAUAAUUGUUCUCAUGUCACAAUGUUUUUUCUUUCAGGUUUAAAUGAAGGGAUGAACCUCAGAGUUGUUCUCUUCUCUGUCACUUUGCUGUGUUACUGUUUCAUUGUGCUGGUAAAUGUUGCUCUUAUUGUGACCAUCAUCUUGAAUAAGAACCUGCAUGAACCGAUGUAUAUUCUAUUGUGCAGUUUGUGCAUGAAUGGACUUUAUGGGGCAACAGGAUUCUACCCAAAGUUUCUGUUGGAUCUGCUGUCUCCUGUUCAUGUAAUCUCUUAUUCUGGAUGCCUGGUUCAGGCUUUGGUGAUGUACUCAUUUGUCUGCAGUGAUUUGUCCAUUCUUGCAGUAAUGUCAUAUGACAGAUAUGUGGCUAUAUGUCGACCCCUGGUGUACCACUCUGUCAUGUCAAAGAAGAGACUCUUAUUGCUAGUAUCUGUCUCCUGGUGGACACCUUUUUGCAUUAUAGGCAUGAAUAUUUUCCUUACAUCUAGAUUGAAGUUAUGCAGCGCAUAUAUUGCCAGACUUUUUUGUGUGAAUUGGGUUAUUGUGAAACUUGCUUGUUUCCCAGCUGAGACUAUUGUUAACAACAUAGUCGCAUACAUUACAAUCAUUGUUUACGUUUUUCAUGGGUUUUUCAUAGUUUGGUCCUACUUGUAUGUCAUCAAAACAUGUGUAAAUUCUUUAGAAAACCGGGCAAAGUUCAUGCAGACAUGUGUGCCACAUUUAACCUCCUUGCUUAUUUUUCUGUUCACUGUAAUUUUUGAUAUUAUGCAUAUACGUUACGUGUCAAAAGACUUACCUCAAGCAACUGACAACUUCAUUGCAAUAGCUUUUCUUGUCAUACCGGUAAUAUUGAAUCCCCUCAUUUAUGGUUUUAAAUUGACCAAAAUCCGGGGCAAAAUUUUGAGUAGUAUAGCUUUUAAAAGGAAAAGAUGA